UGUUUUUCAUAUCCAGGCUUUUCUAUGACUCAAGACUUGUGUAUUUGCUGCCAGCAGUGUCCUGCAGUAGGGUCCUCUUGCCACCUUUGGUGCCAGGGGACAGGUGCCAGAUAUGCCAUUGUAUGAAGGUAACCUGAGAUCUCUCUUGCUUCUGGGCACUGGCAGGAAUAGACCAGUUGCUAGAGGGAUAGAGAGAAUAAAAAUGUGGAGAAAGGGCCAAGCAGGCUUAUGGCACAAGAUCGCUCUAUGUAUCUAAGGGCACAGAGGGCCUGUUCAGUUUAGUAUAUGGGAGUUUGCUUGAGGCUAGUGAAGCAAAGCAGAAUAAUGGAGCUGAAUAUCCAGGUGCUCCUCCUGAUGGGGGCAAGAGGUUAUACCAUGAUGGACACUGCAUGUUUAGCCCUGGGAGUCAGCCUGUCUGAUUUUAGGACUACCACCACCACAUGAGGGAUGGCUGUUGGAUGUCUGGAGAGAUGUCUCUGAAUCAGCUGAUCCAUGAGCUCCAUGUCCACUGAACUUACAAGAUGCAAGUUUUUCCUCUUCAAUCCCUGCUGUACUUUCCAAGGGCAUUUAGAUCCUGUGAGGACAUGUUCCUGCUUCAGCAGUGUGUCUGCCCACUGAGACCAGGCUGGGAGUGUAGGAGACUUUGAGGGCUCUGGUUAUAAAAAAAAAAACAACACCUCCCAAGAGCUCUGAUUGAAAAUCAUGAGCAACCAGAGCUGCUGUCUCUUUCCUUAUUCACAGGAGGAGACUGAAAUGGUAGUGCAUAUCUGCUGAUAAGUAGAUUUGAUAUCCUAGUGUACAUAGCAGUACUUCCUUUCCUUUGUACCCUGCAAAUGCCAGGCUGCCUUCAUCCAGCCUCCUUACCUAACUGAGCUGAGCAAUGCAGUCUGCAGAGCAGCCACAGGUGCUGGCUCUUCUCCAUCUUUUUCUCAGUGGCAAAAAGUGCAGAUCCCAGAAGUAUGCUGCUGUUAGGCCAGGGGCUUCCAGGGCUUAGCUCCUCUCAGGCUCCUCUCUGCCCAGUGCAUGGUUCCCUGGCUGCUCUGCAUGCAGCUCUGCUGAUGCAUAUCAACCCUGAGCACCCCUAGCAGUCUGUCCAUCUGCUCUGCCAGCAGCAGCUCUCAACACCUGCAGUACACCAUUUGGAGCUCGGGUUGGAAGUAAGAUGCAAGAGGUGGGGAUAUGUUCACCCAGCAUAUCUGAGCUGCCUUGUCCUGCUGUCAUGGGCUGUCAGAGGGUUGUCUUGUAAUAACCUUCACCAUUGGUGGUUGGAGCUUGAGGCUGUGUGCCACUUAUAGACAGCCCUGAAGAUAAAAAGGCUGGUAAUCAGCUAGUACUCAAACAUAAAUGUCAAGCCAAGGUUGUUCUAGCAGAUUUCCUCACGAGACUGUGGUGCAAAAAGGAAGGAAGCUGUGUUGAGAGAUCUUCCUGCCCACAGCAGCUUGAUGCUGGUAGAGUAUCUGGGACAUGAGGGAGCAGCCGUUCAGCUUAUUUGGGGUGCAGUUGGUCACUAUGUCUCCCCCAGCAGCUAAAGCCAGCCAAAAAGGAUCGGUUGCAGUGUGCCACAUCCAAGCAGCAUUCUCACUUGCAUUUUUUAAUGUUUUAUUUGUUCAGACAAUUUUUAACACCUGUUGGUAAUGAUGCUGGUCAACAGCCGGCUGAACAUGAGCCAGCAAUGUGCCCAGGUGGCCAAGAGGGCCAACUGCAUCCUAACCUGUAUUAGAAAUAGUGUGGCCAGCAGGACUAAGGAAGUGAUUGUCUCCCUGUAUGCUGCAGCACUGGUGAGGCAGCGCCUCAAAUCCUGUGUCCAGUUUUUGGCUCCUCACUGCAAGGACACUGGCGUGCUGGAGCAUGUCCAGAGAAAGGUAAUGACGCUGACGAAGGGUCUAGAGGACAAAUCGUAGGAAGAGCGGCUGAAGGAGCUGGGGUUCUUUAGCGUGGGGAAAAGGAGGCUCAGGGGAGACCUUAUUGCUCUCUACAGCUACCUGAAAGGAGGUUGUAGCAACGUGUGGGGUCUGUCUCUUCUCCCAAGUAACAAGUGAUAGAACAAGAGGAAAUGGCCUCAAGUUGUACGGGGGAAGUCUGGAUUCUUAGAUUCUAUGCAAUUUACUGUGCAUCGUCCUGCAGACAAUGGGGGCAGCAGACAGGAAUGAAGCACUACAGUGUUGGGGACAGGCUGGAAUCAGGGUCAUCAGCAAAAUGUGCUUUUGCCCUCUGCAAAGCUGCAUGGGCCUCAGUGGAUUGAACCUUCUGGUGACCAAGUGCCUGCCUCCAUUGCUUGCAGUGGUGGGACUUGAGAAAUACUUCUGAAGAGGUGACACUUUGGUUUUGCUUUCAGUUCAGCCAGGCUUUAGCUGCCCUGAUGCUGCUCUCUGGAGGCCGUCGCUGUCCUUCCUUCCUUCUCUUUUUGUGCUACAUUACUGAGUACAGGCAUGGUGAUGAGACUGUACAAACUAAAGAGCUGAUCUCCUUGCCCACCAGGCUGGAGGAAUCCAAACCAAGCCUGGUCUUUUCCAAAAAUAUAAAGUCAGCUUUGUACUCAUUUAAAAAAAAAAAAAAUAUACAGCCCCUAGUGCUACAAGCACUAUCAAAAACUCUAGUUUGUCCAGAAAAUAAAAUAUGUCCCAUCUUACAGCAUUUCCCAAAUAAAAAGGGAAGAAGCUUCUGACAAGGUUGCCUGUUUGUGUGGGCCUUGGGACUUUAAAAGUUUGGGCCAGGGUGUUCUCCUGAAGAUUCUCUGGUAUUGCUGACCUGCAAGUGAGUGUGUAAAAGAGCAUAAGAAAGAAGGAAGAUAGAAGCAAGUGGAGCAGAUGUCAGUCUUAGCAUAGUGGUGAGCAGCAUGCCCAUACCCUGUGGUGGGUACAGGAGAUGCCUUGUACAGAACUGAAAUCCUUGAGAGUGGUGGUGGUGGCUUAUGUGUGCUUGCAGGCUGCCAUGAUCCAGAGUCCCCUGCCUUGGGAGCAGCUGAAGAGCCAGAAGUUUGCUUCUACCAAACUGUGGGGUUUUUUUGAAUUGGCCUUGAAUAAAUCCUCUCUACCAGUUGAAGAGAGGUGGCAGCCAGAAGUUGGGAAGCAAAGCACUAGCUCUGGAAGAGGGGAGCACUGGAGCUAGCCACAUCUACCAAAUCUGCCUGCACUGCUUUUACUUGCCUGGUUCAUUUUCUUCUGUAGGAUUCACAAGGGCUUAAUUUCAAUUUGCUGCAAAUUUGGUGGGACUAGUGCUUAGCCAGAGUGGUUCCUGUGGGGAAACCAGAUGGACCGGCAUCAGGAAAGCAGUGGGGGUAGUUGAGGUGCCAGGGCUCAUUGACACCUUGGGAUGCAGGGUCUCUGCUGAUCCCACAGUAGAGAGCAGGGUUCCAGUUAGGUGGGAACACUUGCCCUGCCAUCGCAGCCCCCUGGGCUGAGCAGUGAAACUCAGGGAGCAGUAGAGCUGUGGGGAGCAGGACCCUGCCACGUGCCCCAGGAGGCAUUGCCAUGUCCCCCACUCCCUGCUUCAGCCCUCUGUUCCCUGCUUUCUCCUGACUCCUUGCCCUGACCCCCACAGCCUGGCCUGGGGACCCAUGGGGGAGCCUACUUAAUUCCUGGUCUCUUUGAACAGCCACCAUCCAGUUGCAAUGGAAACCUUUUUUAGGCGGCACUUUGGACGGAAGAGGCUGCGGCACACCAACGUGGUGGCCGUGCCCACAGGCAAGGCCAGGCGUCGCUCCCAGGUGGGGCUGCCUUCCACCGUGCUGGCCCAGCGCCGCCGCGGCUCAGGCACUCCAGAGGCAUCCCUCUCCUGCCUAGGCCUGGUCCGGCGUCCUGGCACCCGCCGACGCUCCAGCACCACGCCGCCCUGCCUCAGCCCCAGGUUUGCUGUGCAGGCGAAGCGCGGGGGCCAGGCACAAGCCAUUGAUGCCCAACUGCUGGGUCCCUCUGUUCUCCUGGCCAGCCUCGUUCCCAUGGGACAGGAGGGGAACAGGGCUCCCCAUGCUAACAGCUCCAAAUCCGAGUCUCUGGAGGAUGGUGGCACAGCAGCAGAAGCUGAGCAGGGCCAGCAUGAGCGUUGGGCUGAGGAGACAUGGCUGGCCAUGCUGCCCCAGCUGCGGCCACUCCAGGGGGGGCUGCUGUCAUGGGGCCCCCGCUGCCUGCGGCGCUCCUCCUCCCACCACCUGCCCACCGAGGUUGUGUACAGCCGGGCUGCCUACGGCCUGCCAGGCCGCUACCGCCGCCUCAGCCAGCGCCGGCGCUCCAGCGAUCCCCUCCGACCUGGGCUGCUCCCCUCCAGCCACCCACGGCUGCUGGCCCAACACUGUGCAGGGGUGGCCAGAGCCGGGUGCCCCUCUGCCACGUUCCCUGAGGGCUUGGGACCGGAGUCCACCUGCCACGCUGCCCCGGAUGGCUGGAGCCCCCGGUUGCUGAAAGCUAUUGCCAAAUCCAGCCUCCAGCACAUGAUAGCCCAGCCAAACCCUGCACUAGCCCUGAGGAGCGACUCGGAGAGGCAGAUACGCAGCACUGUGGACUGGAGCGAGACUGCGAUAUAUGGGGAGCACAUCUGGUUUGAGACCAACGUGUCUGGGGACUUCUGCUAUGUUGGGGAGCAGAACUGCAUGGCAAAGCUGUUGCAAAAACCACUCUCCAGGCGUAAGUGUGCAGCCUGCAAGAUUGUAGUGCAUACACCCUGCAUCGAACAGCUGGAGAAAAUAAAUUUCCGCUGCAAACCUUCCUUCAGGGAGUCAGGAUCCCGGAACAUACGGGAGCCCAUCGUUGUCCGGCAUCACUGGGUGCACCGGAGGCGGCAGGAAGGGAAAUGCCGGCAGUGUGGCAAGGGUUUUCAGCAGAAGUUUGCCUUCCACAGUAAAGAGAUUGUAGCCAUCAGCUGUUCCUGGUGCAAGCAAGCGUAUCACAGCAAAGUGUCAUGUUUCAUGCUGCAACACAUUGAAGAGCCCUGCUCGCUGGGGGCUCAUGCUGCUGUCGUCGUUCCUCCCACCUGGAUUCUGCGGGUCCGACGGCCCCAGAAUCCACUAAAAUCUAGUAAGAAGAAGAAGAGGACAUCAUUCAAGCGGAAAUCCAGCAAAAAGGGGGCCGAGGAAGGGAGGUGGAAACCCUUUGUCAUCAAGCCCAUGCCAGCUCCUCUUAUGAAGCCCUUACUGGUGUUUGUGAACCCCAAGAGCGGUGGGAAUCAGGGAGCCAAGAUCAUCCAGUCCUUCAUGUGGUAUCUCAAUCCACGGCAAGUUUUUGACCUCAGCCAAGGUGGACCCAAGGAGGCGCUGGAGCUGUACCGCAAAGUCCACAACCUCCGGAUCCUGGCGUGUGGGGGAGACGGCACGGUGGGCUGGAUACUCUCCAUUCUGGACCAGUUACGGAUCAACCCACCUCCUCCUGUGGCCAUCCUACCUUUGGGAACAGGGAAUGACUUGGCCAGAACACUGAACUGGGGUGGGGGUUACACGGAUGAGCCUCUGUCCAAGAUCCUGUCUCAUGUAGAAGAUGGGAACAUAGUGCAGCUCGAUCGCUGGAACCUCCAUGUGGAGCCAAACCCUGACACAAACCCUGAGGAAAAGGAUGAGGCAGCCACUGACAAGCUGCCUUUGGAUGUCUUUAAUAACUACUUCAGCCUUGGCUUUGAUGCACGGGUGACGCUGGAGUUUCAUGAAUCCCGAGAGGCCAACCCGGAGAAGUUCAACAGCCGGUUUCGGAAUAAAAUGUUCUAUGCUGGGACGGCCUUCUCUGACUUCCUCACUGGGAGCUCCAAGGACUUGGCAAAGCAUGUCAGGCUGGUUUGUGAUGGGACAGACCUGACCUCCAAGAUUCAGGACCUGAAGCCCCAGUGCCUGGUCUUCCUGAAUAUCCCAAGGUACUGUGCAGGCACCAUGCCCUGGGGCAACCCUGGAGAGCACCAUGACUUCGAGCCUCAGCGCCAUGACGAUGGUUGCAUUGAAGUUAUUGGCUUCACCAUGACAUCCCUGGCUGCCUUGCAGGUCGGUGGCCAUGGGGAACGGCUCUGUCAGUGCCGGCAGGUGGUUCUCACCACAUCCAAGGCCAUCCCUAUGCAGGUGGAUGGAGAACCCUGCAAGCUGGCAGCUUCCUGCAUCCACAUCUCCCUGCGCAACCAAGCAAACAUGGUGCAGAAGACCAAGCGGCGCAACUCCAUGCCUCUGCUCAAUGACCAGCAGCCAGUGCCCGAGCGGCUGCGGAUCCGGGUGAGCCGAAUCAGCAUGCGCGACUAUGAGGCGCUGAACUAUGACAAGGAAAAGCUCAAGGAAGCCUCUGUGCCACUGGGGAUCAUCGUGGUUCCAGGAGACAGUGACCUGGAGUUGUGCCGGACCCAAAUCGAGAAGCUGCAGGAGGAUUUCCCUCCACAGCCCUCUGCUUUAGAGUGCCUGCUCUUUCAGGAGGGAGAUGGAGCCAAGCCAAAGACACUGUCAUUCCAGAAGCUUUCACCCAAGUGGUGCUUCCUGGACUCAACCACGGCCAAUCGGUUCUACAGGAUAGACCGUGCACAGGAGCACCUGAAUUAUGUGACAGAGAUCUCUCAGGACGAGCUCUAUGUGUUGGACCCAGAGCUAGUGAUCACCCAGACUGUGAGCACCUCUCCUGCCAUGCCCGACCUCGUGGACUCAUCUGCCACACCCCCUGGGCACCACUUUGCAUUCCCCUCCUCUUCCUCCUCUCCACCCUCUUCUCCUGCCCCCAGCGCUGAGCCUGAGCGCUGCCUCCCACACAGAGAUGAUCUUCUAAUAGAAGCUGCCAAGGGUGGCAACUUCAGCAAGUUCCAAGAGCUGCAUCGAGCUGGAAGAGACCUGAUGGUGCGAGACUCCUCAGGCCAGACUGUCCUCCACCAUGCCGUCAAAUCAGGGAGCAAGGACAUCGUCAGAUACAUCAUCGAGAACGCCCCUUCAGAAAUCCUUGAUGCCACAGAGGAGGAGAACGGUGAAACCAGCUUGCACCAGGCUGCAGCCUUACGCCAGCGCACUAUCUGCCACUACAUCGUGGAGGCCGGGGCUUCGCUCAUGAAGACAGACCUGCAGGGAGACACCCCAAAGCACCGUGCUGAGAAAGCCAAUGACCCUGACUUAGCUGCCUACCUCGAGAACCGACAGCACUACCAGAUGAUCCAGCGGGAGGACCAGGAGACAGCUGUGUAGUGCUUGGCGUGCCUUAGCCCAAGCCAGCUUGGGUAGGACAAGAGGACAAUGCCAACUGGCAGAGCUAUGAGUCUGGCCCAACCCUCCCUAGAUGUCAACCUGGUCCUUGGAGAUGGAUACAGCAGAGUUCUGCCCCAGGCUGGGCUGGGACUCUGUUUAUGAGGACAGUGGGUAUUUCGGACUUGAAGCCUGAUUCUUUGUGCAUCCACUCCUUCACCUCUCAUUCACCACAUUCCCUGCCCUAGAUGGGCUCUAUCCCCUGGCCAUAUUGAGGCAAGCCAGGCUGAAGCCCCCAGUCACUCUUGUGCACGGGAGUAAUGCCAGUGCCCCCUCUGCAGGCUCCUGCCUAUGAUCCUUGUGGGAUAUCAUUCCUCAGCCCCUCUCUCUGCUGGCAGUACCCCUCUUUUAGGUGCUUGGCUACGUUCAGGUCCUGUUCCUUCUCUCCUGUCUGGCACAGCUGCAGGAGGCACAGGUUCUGCAGGCAGACAGCAGAGGCCAUGAGCCUCAGACUUUGCCGCAAGGGAAGCAGCACAACUUACUGCCCCUGCCUCUUCUGGCUCAGGGUAUGGAUGGCACAGAGGAAGGCUACCAAGCCAUCCCACCAUCCUUCCCUCCACAGGGCUGGGUGGGACAGCUUGCACACCCAGUGUCUGCUGGGCAUCUCUCUGUGAGCCUACUGCAGCAUGUAGCCAUGGUGGAGAGCUACUUGACCCUGAGUAGUGCCUGUAGUGAAGCCUGUUAUAUUUCCCAAAUGCUGACUUGGAUUCAGCUGCCCUCCCUGGUUCAGUUUCCCCUUCAAUGCUAGUCUGUGCAUGGGGCUGAAGGAGCAAUGCUGGGGUCAGUGCUGCUCUCAGGGAUUCCCCCCCAUGCCCCUCAACCUGGCAACAUGCAUCUUCUGAGUCCAAGUCCUGCCAUUCCCUAAACUGGGCACAGGACUUUGCAGGGAAAACUUCAGAGCUCACCCAGCCAAGGCACAAAGUCCCUGGGCAGGCCACCAGCUCACUGUCUCCAGUUUUUUCUCCAGAACAAGGAACCUGGGAAGCAUAUGAGCUCCCAGCCUUGAGUCGCGCCUGCAGGGGGGCCUGCCAUGGAGCAUGAGGCACCACAACCCAUCUCCCCUGCAGUGGACACUUGAUGCAGAGGCAUCAAGCCAGCCUUUCACCAAGGCUUUUAGAGAACUGGCAUUCUCUGAGACCAGGAGGUGCCAGCAGAGGAGGAAAGCUGGUAGCUCUGGGCCUGGCAAACCUGCUUGGCACUUUCAGGUGGGCAGUGAAGUGGGUUGCUGUUCACAGCUUGGAUCCUGGGAAAGGAUACUGCUGCUGCUGCGUGGAGUCUGUACAGUCCCUCUGCACUUACACCCAGCUGCGCCCACUGGGUAGUGCCAGAUGGCACCAUUUGAAUCUCCUAAUACCAAUACCAAAAAAAGGUGAUUAUACCACAGAGAACCAGAAUACUCUUCAGGUUUUUUGGCCAGGAGAGUUCCCUUUGAGGAUGGGGGAUAUUGUAGUGGGGAACAGAGGCAGAGGGCAGUGCAGAGUGGCAGGGGCUAGUGGCACUGGCAGUUAAUAAUGUUUGCAUCUUAAUGCAUUCAGAGUUGGGAUGCGGGCCAGUGACAAAAAAGGCACUGUCAUCUUCUCAGAGGUCCACACUACUGCUCUCCCAGAUGGGACACCCAGCUUGGCCCAGAGGCAUCUACAGCGCCAGCUUCUCCCUUUCUCCCUUAUAGUUUUUGUACAGGUAGUUGAGAGACACACUGUCCCCCUCCCCACCUGGCCCCUCCGUGCAUGCGUGAGCUGAGUUGCUGUGCAAUUCCAAGCCUGCUGGUAUUUUGAAGACGGAGGGGGCGUUGGUUGCCCUGCUCACUGAGGGCAGGAGUUCUGUGCAAUACCUGGGUCUGUGUUUCCGAGAUGCUGUUGUAGGAUUGUAUUUUUGUAACUCCGUGAGGAUGCUGGCUCCAGCAGGUCCAGGGCCUGGCACAAGCCUGUGUUCCCAUUGCUUUUCAACUUUGACUGUUUGGAUGUUGUUGUUUCUUGCCAUUGAAAUAAAGAUAUUGAUGUUUUA